CUGACCCACAAACUUCAGCACACUGUCUGAGAAGCAUUCUUCAAUUUGUCGAGAGCUUUUAACUGUAUGCUGAAACUGGGGACACAGCAGCCAUGCCUAAGCGAAAGAUAAACCUGUUGGAGGUUUGGCGUAGGAACCGUGCUGCUCACCCAAACAGAGCUAAGAACCUAAAACUAUGGCCUCGUCAACUGGCACAAUUGAGAGACCCCGAAGUGGUGGCAGCCCUCGUUCAGCAGAAUGUCAAGAUGGCACGCCUACUCCCUCCCACAGGCACCGAUGUGUUCCACCCCUUCACUUUGGAGUCGCUCGCCGAGAUCGAGCGGCGAAUGGCAGAAGAAGCCGCCGAGCAGGAACAGAUGAAGGCCCAGAAUAUUGAGGUGGCUGAGGAGGAUCUGCCCAAACCCACCAGUGAUUUGGAAGCAGGAAAAGCCCUACCGUUCAUCUACGGAGACCCUCCACCAAAGCUCCUCAAUGUUCCUCUUGAAGAGUUAGAUCCGUUCUACAAAGCAAAAAAAACGUUCAUCGUGAUCACCAAAGGGAAUACCAUAUACAGAUUCAAUGCUGAACCUGCCUGCUACAUUCUAAGUCCCUUCAACCCUGUUCGACGAGUAGCCAUAAGAAUACUCAUACAUUCAUUGUUUAGCAUGUUCAUCAUGUUAACCAUCUUGUCAAACUGUGUGUUCAUGACGAUGAGUGACCCUCCACCCUGGAGCAAAACAGUAGAGUACGUUUUCACUGGCAUCUACACCUUUGAGGCAUUGGUAAAGGUCCUUUCCAGAGGCUUCUGCAUUGGUGAUUUCACAUUCCUACGAGACCCGUGGAAUUGGCUGGAUUUCAUGGUCAUCAGCAUGGCGUACCUCACAGAGUUUGUGGACUUGGGGAAUGUAUCCGCUCUGAGGACUUUCCGUGUUCUCCGUGCCCUGAAAACAAUUACUGUAAUUCCAGGUCUAAAAACCAUUGUUGGCGCCCUGAUUCAGUCGGUGAAGAAACUGGCAGAUGUCAUGAUCCUCACCGUCUUCUGUCUCAGCGUGUUUGCUCUCAUUGGCCUGCAACUGUUCAUGGGUAAUUUGCGGCAAAAGUGUGUCAGAUGGCCUCCAUUUGGCUGGAGCGACAACCUGACCACGCUCUUCGAUCACACAGACGUCAAUGGCACUGAAGCUGCCAACAGCACUUUCAACUACCAGGAAUAUAUUGAAAAUACAGGAAACUACUACUAUGUGCCUGGCCAUAUGGAUCCAUUACUUUGUGGGAACAACUCUGAUGCAGGGAGGUGCCCUGAGGGGUUCUUAUGCCUGAAAGCUGGCCAAAACCCAAAUUAUGGCUACACUAGUUAUGACACCUUUGCUUGGGCUUUCUUAGCCCUUUUCCGUCUAAUGACUCAAGACUUCUGGGAGAACUUGUUCCAGUUGACGCUCCGUGCAGCAGGGAAGACAUACAUGAUCUUCUUUGUAGUCAUCAUCUUCUUGGGUUCAUUCUACCUCAUCAAUCUGAUUCUGGCUGUGGUGGCCAUGGCGUAUGCUGAACAGAAUGAAGCCACCAUUGCAGAAGCUAAAGAAAAGGAGGAAGAGUAUGCAAAAAUCCUGGAACUGCUCAAGAAACAAGCUGAGCAGAAGAAUGGGAUGGUAAAUGGCAGCAGGACGUCACUAUCCACCAAAAAGAAAGGCGAUGAUGACCAAAUGCAGAGUGACCAUGAUGGGAUCGCAUUGAAACCCCUCUCAAAAUCGAAUGGAUCCAACGGCAGCAUGAAUUACUUGGAAGUCCCUGAAUCGCAGAUGAGAAAACAGAGUGCAGUGAGCGCUACAGACAAUGCUUUAGAUGAGAUGGACGAUAUUCAAAGGCCAUGUCCUCCCUGCUGGUACAAGUUUGCGGACAUAUUCCUGAAAUGGGAUUGCUGCGUGCCAUGGGUGAAAUUUAAGAAAUUAAUGUACCUAAUUGUAAUGGACCCUUUUGUGGAUCUGGGCAUCACCAUCUGCAUUGUGCUCAACACAGUGUUCAUGGCUAUGGAGCACUAUCCCAUGACUCAAGAUUUCGAUCACAUUUUGGCGGUUGGAAACCUGGUUUUCACAGGUAUCUUUACAGCAGAGAUGGUGCUAAAACUUAUUGCACUGGACCCAUAUUAUUACUUCCAGGUUGGCUGGAACAUUUUUGACAGCAUAAUUGUGACCAUGAGCCUGGUGGAGUUGGGCUUAGCCAAUGUUGAGGGCUUGUCUGUGCUGAGGUCCUUCCGUCUGAUGCGUGUGUUCAAGCUGGCAAAGUCUUGGCCAACCCUAAACAUGCUGAUAAAGAUAAUCGGUAAUUCUGUGGGUGCUCUUGGAAACCUGACCCUUGUCCUGGCCAUUAUUGUCUUCAUCUUUGCUGUGGUGGGGAUGCAGCUUUUUGGAAAGAGCUACAAGGAGUGUGUGUGUAAGAUUUCUGAGAGUUGCGUCCUCCCUCGCUGGCACAUGACAGAUUUCUUUCACUCGUUCCUCAUCAUUUUUCGUGUUCUAUGUGGGGAAUGGAUCGAAACAAUGUGGGACUGCAUGGAGGUGGCUGGCCAAGGAAUGUGCAUCAUCGUCUUCAUGAUGGUCAUGGUUAUAGGAAACCUCGUGGUGUUGAAUCUCUUCCUGGCUUUGCUGCUCAGCUCUUUCAGCGGGGACAACCUGGCAGCAUCUGAUGAUGAUGGGGAGAUGAACAAUCUGCAGAUUGCCAUUUCUAGAAUCACAAGAGGCAUUGACUGGGUAAAGGCCUUCGUUAUCAGUCAUGUGAGACAGUGUCUGGGCCUGAAGCCAAAGGAAGAGGGUGCGAACGCAAACGAGGAGGGUGAUUCUAAAAUGGCCAACAUGGAUUCCAGUCUGUCCGUUAUCAAAGUGCCAAUAGCCAAUGGUGAAUCGGAUUAUGAUGAUGGCAACAGCUCUUCUGAGGAUGAAGACAAAGAAGGCGCUGAUAAAAAUACUAAAAAGACAGAUGGAGAUGAAUCGUCAUACUGCAGCACUGUGGACAAACCUCCUGAGGUAGAACUGGUAGAAGAGGUGGAAGAAGUGGACUCCACCAUCCCUGAGGACUGCUACACAGAGAACUGCAUCAGGCGAUGUCCUUGCUUGGAGCUUGAUGUUACCCUGGGUAAAGGGAGGGCAUGGUGGAACUUCCGUAAAACCUGCUACGCCAUUGUGGAGCACAGCUAUUUUGAAACCUUCAUCAUCUUCAUGAUUCUCCUCAGCAGUGGAGCUUUGGCAUUUGAGGACAUAUAUAUCGAACAACGGAGAAUGAUUAAAAUCAUUCUUGAAUAUGCAGAUCAGGUCUUCACCUAUGUGUUUGUCAUUGAGAUGCUUCUGAAAUGGAUAGCCUAUGGUUUCAAGGUCUAUUUCACAAACGCAUGGUGUUGGCUGGACUUUCUCAUCGUUGAUGUGUCCCUGAUCAGCUUGACUGCAAAUAUCUUAGGCUACUCUGAACUGGGGGCCAUUAAGUCUCUCAGGACUUUGAGAGCGCUUAGACCUCUUCGAGCUCUCUCCAGGUUUGAAGGAAUGAAGGUCGUGGUGAACGCCCUGGUGGGGGCCAUCCCCUCCAUCUUCAACGUUCUCCUGGUGUGCCUAAUCUUUUGGCUCAUCUUCAGCAUCAUGGGAGUCAACCUUUUUGCUGGAAAGUUCUACUAUUGCUUCAAUGAAACAUCCGAAUCAGCUUUCCUUCCCACUGAGGUCAACAAUAAGAGUGAUUGCCUGGAGCUCUCUGAGGCUGAUCCAAAUGUGCGAUGGAUGAAUAUGAAGGUCACCUUUGAUAAUGUAGGCAUGGGCUACCUCUCCUUACUGCAAGUGGCAACAUUUAAGGGAUGGAUGGACAUCAUGUAUAGUGCUGUGGAUUCCCGUGACGUUGAAAUGCAGCCAGACUAUGAGUCAAACCUCUACAUGUACAUUUACUUUGUGAUCUUCAUCAUUUUUGGCUCUUUCUUCACCCUCAAUCUAUUCAUUGGUGUCAUCAUUGACAAUUUCAACCAACAAAAAGCAAAGUUAGGAGGAACGGACAUCUUCAUGACAGAAGAGCAGAAAAAAUACUAUAAUGCUAUGAAGAAACUUGGCUCCAAAAAGCCACAGAAACCAAUUCCAAGGCCUACGAACUGCUUCCAAGGCUUGGUAUUCGACCUGGUCACCAAGCAAUUCUUUGACAUCUUUAUUAUGGUGUUGAUCUGCCUGAACAUGAUCACCAUGAUGGUGGAGACGGAUGACCAGAGUGAAGAGGUGGAAUAUAUUCUGUUCAUGAUCAACUUCGUCUUCAUCGUGCUCUUCACCGGGGAGUGCAUUCUCAAGAUCAUAGCCCUGCGCUAUCACUACUUCUCCAUUGGGUGGAACAUUUUUGAUUUUGUGGUGGUCAUUCUUUCAAUCUUAGGUCUUUUGCUGGCAGACCUCAUCGAGAAGUACUUUGUGUCACCUACGCUGUUUCGCGUCAUCCGACUGGCCAGAAUUGGCCGCGUCCUGCGUCUUAUCCGGGGUGCGAAAGGAAUCAGGACGUUACUGUUUGCACUGAUGAUGUCACUUCCUGCCCUCUUCAACAUUGGCCUCCUCCUGUUCUUAAUCAUGUUCAUUUUCUCCAUAUUCGGCAUGUCCAACUUUGCGUAUGUGAAAAAAGAAGCAGGCAUCGAUGACAUGUUUAAUUUCGAGACCUUCGGGAACAGUAUCAUAUGUUUGUUCAUGAUCACGACGUCUGCAGGCUGGGAUGGACUGUUGUCGCCUAUUCUCAACAAUCCACCAGACUGCGACCCGGAUGUGGUGAACCCGGGAUCGCCUGUCCGGGGAAACUGCGGGAAUGCCGCGGUGGGCAUCGUCUUUUUCUGCAGCUACAUUGUCAUGUCCUUCCUCGUCGUAGUCAACAUGUACAUAGCCAUUAUCCUGGAAAACUUCAACGUAGCGACGGAAGAAAGCAGCGACCCCUUGUGCGAGGACGACUUCGAGAUGUUCUACGAAACCUGGGAGAAAUUUGACCCCGACGCUUCUCAGUUCAUCAAUUACAGUAGACUGUCUGAAUUCUGCGACACGCUGAAAGACCCCCUGAGAAUCCCGAAACCGAACACAUUGAAGUUGAUCACAAUGGACCUUCCCAUGGUUCCUGGUGAUAAGAUCCACUGUCUGGACAUCCUCCUGGCCCUCACUACAGAGGUGCUGGGUGAUUCUGGCCAGAUGGAUGCCAUGAAAGCAACUAUGGAGGAGAAGUUCAUGGCGAACAACCCCUCGAAGGUUUCGUACGAGCCCAUCACCAGCACUCUCAGACGUAAGCAAGAAGAAGUGGCCGCUUCGACCAUUCAAAAAGCCUACCGCGCACACGUUCUCAAACGCUGCCUCAAACACGCCUCGCAUAUGUACAGAGAGAAGACGGACUCAAAGGGAAAAGAAGAAGAGGCUCCGGAGAAAGAGGGAAUGAUUGCUAAGAAAAUGACGUAUCUUUAUGGAGAUCAGACCAUUGAGGAAUACAAACCUGUGGUUUUCUCUUUCUCUCAACGUGGGAAAACACAGCCCUUGGCUAAGCGUCCCCCGGUGAAGGUUCAGAGCGACGUGGUCUUGCACUCUGCCCCAUUUCCCCUUCCUGACUCCUCAACCGCUGAGGAUAAGUUGAAGGAGUCCAUGGUGUAGCAGGUUCAAGCCAUGGUGUACACUCAACCUUUGGAAAGCCCAACAACACUGAGACCCUUCAGGAGAGGGUUUCUUCAGAGUUAUACUUUGGCACACAACAGCCAGUAUGAAAGAAAUUCAUUGAGUUAGUAUGGCGAAGAUUCUUUGUGUAUGGCUAAGAGUUGUAAUCAAUAAUGUCGAUGCAAUCGAUGGCUCCUCUCAGUACUGCCGACUGUUUUGUCUAAUGGCACUGGAAAUGAUUGGGCUCUUAGUGCAGACAUCAAUGAUUUAGACGCACAGAACCUGAAAUGACAACAUUUUUUUAAAGAAAAAUUUUGUCAAUGGUAAUGAUUACUAAUCAUUAAAAACUAAUUUCACAGGAAAGGAAACUCCAUGACUUGUCAUGAUAGCCAGAACAGACUAAAAUAAAUCCUGUGUAUAUUACAGAUUGUUUUUGUAGUAUCUGACUUAAUUGCAUUUAACACAUAUUUGAGAUUUAGACUUAUUUUACUUGCUUUCAACUGUAGCAUUCAAAAUAAACAUAUUGUUCUGAUUUUGCACUAACAGUUAAAUAAAAUUAACACUGGCAACCUGUUAUUCAGAAUUUAUAGCAUAUUAGUCUUAAUAGUUCACUGUAAAGACAUGUAAUAUUAUGUCUUUAUACAGACUUUACUAACAGCAGUACAUUUGGUAAACCUUUAAUCAAAUAAAAGCAGAAUCUCUAGUUUGCCCAAAGACAGAAAUGUCACUAUAAGAUUAAAUUAACCAAGGUUAUAACUCAGACCAUAAAACAAACAGAACAUGCUGUAAAUGUGGAUUCUGUAAUGUUUAACUUGCCUAAUGAGCCUUUUUCGUGUGGAGGGUGUACUUGCAAAUUGUUAAUUGCAAGUAUAUAUAUAUAUAUGUCUGUGAAAUCCUUGGCUUAUGUAUGUAGGUCAUUUUUACUUUAUUUUGAGCCAGAUGUGCCAUUGUGUCCUGAAUGUCAGGUUGUUCAGCCCAGCCAUGUGGUGCAUGAUAAUGGGCAUGAUGACACAAUAUACAGAGAAUAGAGAAUGUUCUGUAGAUGAUAAACUAUGCAAAGGAGUAUGCUUUGUACAGGUCAUUGUAUGUUGGAAAAACUACAUGUAUGAAUGGAUGUAUCAGGGUCAGAAGGACUAGCCAGCUUAGCAUAUUGCAUCCUACUUUUUAUUAGCAUUCUGUGGAGACUGUCUAUGAUGUUAAAUGGACACAGUCUGCUAUAAUGCCUCCAGAGAGUCAGACUCAACAAGACUGACCAAAUGUGCCUUAUCAGGCUGUUGGCAUCCCCAUCGUGUUUCACUGUAUCUAUAUUCAUCCAGUAUUUACAGUUAAAUUGUGAUGAUCGACAUUUAAUUGCAAAGUUAACAAUUUAUCUUUUUUUCACAUAACCAAUUUAACAGCAUUUAAAAUAUGACAGUUUUUCUUUGUUUUGUUUUUUUGUUUUGUUUUUUUGCUGCCAGGUAAAGAGGUUUAAAUGUUUUAGGAAGUAUUUUCAUUUCACAUCAUUUUUUAAUUGAAUUGGUUAAACAUUUUGUAACAUGCACUGGCUGUUGAAGCAACCAGUUUAAUUAGGCCCCCAAGCUGAAAGUGUUAGAAUACGCACUUAAUUAAGCAUGAAGCUUCGGUUGCUUACAAACUCUUUAUUUAUGGCAUUUCUAUCACUUUUUUUUUAUAUUUGUGAAAUGCAAACCAUGAGUGAGGGUGCAAGUAGAGAGAUGAGGAUUACAAGCGCGAUUACAAGAUUAUAAUAGGAAUGCACAUAGCGGAAUAACUGAAUACUUUUCAGAAAACCUUUUCAUUUAUCAUUGAUUUUAUUAAUUAAACUAAGACAAAUGAAUAGUAAUAGAAUACGAAUCAGAAUCCACUUAAUGUUUUGCAUUGAUAAAAUCCUUGUUGAUUUAUUAUUUAAUUUUAUAAUUGUCACAAUUAAGAAAUUUUAGUUGAAUCUUUUUUUUUAGAUGGUCUUUAAUGUUCAGCUUACAAGUACUAACACGCUGUUUACUGAAUGUAUUGACACCUCACAGUAUCUGUCACUUGCUGAAUGCAUGUUAUGGAUUAUGUAAUAUUUUUAAAGUACUGAAAUAUUUGUAAAUUUUAUUGUAUAUUCUUUCUCUGUUUACAUGACUGAAAUAAACUUGUUUUUUGAGUCUUUGA